AUGGAAGUGACUCUGAAGUCCAGGGGGUUGGAGAUGUAUUUUCUGAGCACCAGCACUGGGAUUGUCACCGAGAAGAAAAAGAAGCAGAAGGUUCUUGUGACUGUCACAAAACCAGUUGGUGGUGACAAGAACGGUGAUACCCAGGUGGUUAAGAUUCGAAAAUUGCCUAGUUACUACCCCACUAAAGAUGUACCCCAGAAGCUGCUGAGCCAUGGCAAGAAGCUCAGUGGGCAUGUGCAAAGGCUGGGGGGCAGCAUCACUCCAGAGGCCAUCCUCAUCUUCCUCACUGGGCACCACAGAGGCAAGACAGUGGUUUUCUUGAAGCAGCUGGGCAGUGCCUUACUACUUGUGGCGGGACCUCUGUCCCUCAAUCAUGUUGCUCUGCGUAGAACACACCAGAAAUUUGUUAUUGCCACCACCACAAAAAUUGAUCUCAGCAAGGUGAAGAUCCUCAAGCACCUCACCGACGAAUACUUCAAGAAUAAGAAGCUGCAGAAGCCCAGACACCAGGAGGGCGAGAUCUUCCACACAGCGAAAGAGAAAUACGAGGUUACCGAGCAGCGCAGGGUUGAUGAGAAAGAUGUGGACAAACAAAUUCUGCCCCAAAUGAAAGCUGUGCCUCAGCUCCAAGGCUACAUGAGAUCUCUUUUUGCUCUAACAAAUGGGAUUUAUCUUCAUAAAAUAGUGUUCUAA